AUGUCGUCCGCUCUGUCUCUACACCACGACGGCUUGCGACUUUUGGAAUAUAUAAAAGAGCAGAAUGUGAGGGUCCCGAGUCCUAUUAUUAACUACAUCCGGUUUGCCGUCUCGGUGGGCAAUGGCAUACUGCAACAACCCAAGGAUAACUGGUGCAGGAGUCCGGCGGCCACCGCGACGGACCUCUCCAAGGACCGCGAAGUUGUCCUGAAACUAGGUGAGCCAGCUGCCGUGCAGAGUUUCCGCCGCUAUACCACCGGAGAGAUCAAAAACCGCGCCGAAAAGGCACGGAUCAAGGCCGCGUGCCUGGCCUCGAUUCCCAUGCUCGCCUCGAUCAAAUUCGUUGUAGCUCGGCAGCUCAAGUCAGAUAAUCUCUGUCUAAGCCUGCGGUCCGCUAAGGAAGCCGAGCUCGCGCGAUGUCACCGCGACUGGUUGGUAGUCCACAAGGUCCCGGUCAAGGCCAUGGGUGACCUAACCAAGACCCCCAACUGGGAGCGCAUUGGCAAGAACCACACUGUGAUUAUAGUGUUUACCUUGCCACAUGCGGCCAACCAAGCUAUCAACAGCAACACGAUCUGGGACUCAACAGUGCUUACCACAGUCCUCUACGACCGAUUUGCACGCAUCCGUUAA